AUGUAUAACUCAACCACGCGUGUUACGAAAGAACCCUUAGGUUCACAAAUCGGGCGUUUCACACUCGAUACGUCGUCGUUUCUCAACUUGAGUUCCGAAGCUUGUUCUCCAUCACUCAUCUCUAAUUUCUUGUACUUCAACAACCUAGCGCGUGGUCCAAAACGCACCGUUUCGUUGAGCUUAAAGGUUGCUGGUGGUGGCGCCGGUGGUGUCGGUGGUUAUAGGUUCCGGGACAUUCUUUACGAGUUUAACAGAGCUGUUAGGUUUCAUUGCGAGAGGAUUCCGCUUGGGUUUGCUUCGUUGCAAGUUGGUGACGGUAACGGUGGUGAUAACAAUGGUGGUGCUGGUAAUGGUGAGGGUGAUGGGAAUGGUGUUGGUGGAAUUGGGAAUGGGACUGUUGUGGAAGAUGAUGGGUUGGAAUUGAAGGGAGAGGGUCGUGGGAAACCUAAAAAAGUUUUGAUUUUGAUGAGUGAUACUGGUGGUGGUCAUCGAGCUUCGGCGGAAGCGAUUAAAGCUGCUUUUUAUCAAGAAUAUGGCGAUGAAUAUCAGGUGUUUGUUACUGAUUUGUGGUCUGAGCACACACCAUGGCCAUUUAAUCAACUUCCCAAGAGCUAUAGCUUUUUGGUGAAACAUGGCCCAUUGUGGAAGAUGACCUACUAUGGAACUGCCCCACGGCUAGUUCAUCAGUCUAAUUUUGCUGCAACUUCAGCAUUCAUAGCUCGUGAGGUUGCUAAAGGGUUAAUGAAGUAUCAGCCUGAUAUAAUAAUCAGUGUGCAUCCACUUAUGCAGCACGUUCCUCUUCGCGUUUUGAGAUCAAGGGGCCUUUUAGAUAAGAUUGUUUUUACCACAGUUAUUACAGAUUUGAGCACGUGCCAUCCAACAUGGUUUCACAAGCUUGUAACUAGAUGUUAUUGUCCAACUACAGAUGUUGCAAAAAGGGCAAUGAAAGCUGGACUCCAGCAAACCCAAAUAAAGAUUUAUGGCCUACCUGUUAGACCUUCCUUUGUUAAGCCUGUUCGGCCAAAGGAAGAGCUGAGAAGAGAGUUAGGGAUGGAUGAGGAUCUUCCUGCUGUAUUAUUAAUAGGAGGAGGUGAAGGUAUGGGUCCCAUUGAAGCUACUGCUCGAGCACUUGGAGAUUUAUUAAACGAGGAUGGGAUUCCCACAGGUCAGAUCCUUGUGAUCUGUGGUCGCAAUAAGAAGCUUGCAAACAAACUCGGUUCUAUUAAGUGGAAAAUUCCUGUAAAGGUCAAGGGGUUUGUUACCAAAAUGGAGGAAUGCAUGGGAGCUUGUGAUUGCAUUAUUACAAAGGCUGGCCCAGGGACAAUUGCAGAAGCCAUGAUUCGAGGCCUCCCUAUUAUUUUAAAUGAUUACAUUGCCGGGCAGGAAGCUGGCAAUGUACCCUAUGUAGUUGAAAAUGGAUGUGGAAAGUACUCUAAAUCACCUAAGGCGAUAGCGAAAACCGUUGCGGACUGGUUUGGUCCAAAAGCCGACGAACUACAAGCAAUGUCACAAAAUGCAUUGAAGCUAGCAAGGCCAGAUUCUGUGUUCAAGAUUGUCCAUGACAUGCACGAGCUAGUAAAGCAAAGAAGCUUAUUAAAAGAGUAUUCUUGUACAGCUUAA